AUGGCUUCGAAUCCUGAAGAUCCACUGGGAUCAUUUGCCAAGCUGGGCAGCUCGGUUUAUCUCCACGACUCCGACACCAAUGACAAAGUCAAACCCGUGAUCUUCAUCGCAUUCUGGAUGAACGCCCCUGCUCGCGCCUUGGCAAAAUAUGUGAUUGAAUACAGACGCCUGGUUCCAUCAGCACGAAUCAUCUUCGUCCGAAGCUCGUCAAAUGAUUUCAUGUGGCCCCUGAAAAGUAUAGCGCGCAGAGCGCGCAUCGCGCCGGCCAUCGAGGCCAUGCAGGGAUUAGUUACCCCUGAAAAUCCAGUUACCCUUCAUCUCUUUUCAAAUGGAGGCUUGUCUCACACAGGGCAUCUCCUGCAAUCGUGGAAGAUGAUCACCGGAACCCCAAUGCCAAUUUCGGCCAUGAUCAUGGAUAGUGCCCCCGGAAGCAUGGGUCUGCGAUCGGGACUCAGGGCGUUCUCUUUCGCACUGCCGCGAAUGUGGAUAUUGCAGAUGCUGGGCAAAAGCUUACUCUUUGUCUGGUUGUUUUUCGCGAUGUUGAUUCAUGCCCACAAGUCCAACCCGGAUCCUAUCACGCUUGCUCGGAGACUUGUCAAUGACUCUUCCCUGGUGCGGCCCGCUGCCUCGCAACGCGAGCUCGCUCGUUGCUAUAUCUAUUCCGAUUCUGAUGCCUUGGUUGAUUGGGAGGAUGUCGAAUCUCAUGCAUCGGAGGCCGAGGCUAUAGGCUGGGUGGUCCGUCGUGAGUAUUUCAAGGGAUCACCUCAUGUUGGACACAUGAGAGCAGAUCCAGACCGUUAUUGGGGUGUUAUCAAAGAUUAUCUGGGGGCUGCGGCGGCAUCAUAA